AUGCUGCAUAUGAAGGCUUGCGCGCUGCUUGUGGCUGUUAGCAUCGCUACUGCUCAUGCUGCAAAGCCCUUCCCUGAUGCUAGAAGCUUUCCUGGAGCGAACGCCCCUGGGCUUCCUAGGCAGGACGGUUCUUCUUCUGAUGGCUCCGGCGCCGGUCAGUAUGCGAUAAAUACUGGUCUCGACGUGCAGCUCGCCACUUCGGAGGAGUCUGCUCCCGAUGUGGUAUAUACGACCGAUAACGGAGCGCCCUAUACGAACCCUUAUGACGCCCAACGCAUUGGAUCCAACGGCCCGCUUCUCUUGCAGGAUUUCCAUUUGACUGAGAUCUUUGGUUCUUUUGACCGCGAGCGUAUCCCUGAGCGCGUCGUUCAUGCUAAGGGCGCGGGCGCGCACGGUUACUUUGAAGCUACCAACGCUGAAUGGGCCACGCAAUAUACUAUGUUGGACAUGCUCAGCGAGAAUGGCCUCCGUACUCCAAUCACAAUGCGUCUAAGCACUGUUAGCGGGGAGACUGGCUCAUCCGAUGAGCUUCGUGACCCUCGCGGAUUUUCUAUCAAAUUGAGAACACGGAAGGGUAUCUUGGACUGGGUUUUCAACAACACACCGGUGUUUUUCAUCCGCGAUCCAGUCAAGUUCCCUCAUUUCAUCCAUACCCAGAAGCGAAAUCCUCAGACCAACUUGAAGGACAAGGACUUGUUUUGGGAUUAUCUCAGUUCUAAUCCCGAAUCACUCUACCAAGUGAUGCGUUUAUUCUCUGACUUGGGAACUCCAUACGGCUUCAGGCAUAUGAACGGCUGGAGCGGCCACACUUAUAGGUUCAUGAAAGCAGACGGCAGUUGGGUCUAUGCGAAGAUUAUCUGUGAAACUAACCAAGGUAUCAAGAACUUCACUAAUGCAGAGGCAACCACAAUGCAGGCCGAAAAUCCCGAUUUUGCAACCCAGGACCUCUUCGAUGCGAUCGAGGCUGGAAAUUACCCCGGCUGGACUGUGUAUGCUCAAGUGAUGACACCAGAGCAGGCUGAGAACUACACGUACAACGUCCUUGAUCUGACCAAAGAUUGGGAUACUGACGUACCCAUGGUGGAGAUCGGCCGCUUCUAUUUGACGCAAAACCCGACAAACUACCACGCAGAAAUUGAACAGAUUGCUUUCUCCCCUUCGCAUCUCGUUGAUGGUUGGUCUCCUUCAGCAGAUCCUGUACUCCAGGCCAGGAUGUUUGCAUACUCCGAUACUCACCGCUAUCGUCUGGGUGUGAACCAUAUGCAAAUACCGGUCAAUGCACCUAUUACUCCCGUCGCCAACUUCGAGCGUGAUGGUGCUAUGAUCGUUAACGGCAACCAAGGCUCGAGACCAAACUACAUGUCUACGCUCAGUCCGAUCAUGCUGUACAACCGGACAUGGACCUUGGACUCCCACGAGCAGUGGAUUGGCGGAGCUGUCCAGUCACUGUCGGCUAUGACUGAGAUCGACUUCAGUUGGCCGCGCAAAUUCUGGGCUUCGCUUUCGGAUCAAGACCAGCAGAACUUCAUCAGCAACGUCAUCGGUCAUCUUGGUCUUGCUCCGACCUUGAGCGUUCGCGAGCGCCAGGUCGCGUUGUUCGCCCAUGUCGAUUACACGCUUGGUGCGGCGAUCGCUGCAGGCGUUAAUGUCAGCUCAUGGCAGAACCUGUCCUUCCCGUAUGGUCCAACUUGGUACAACGAGACUAUCUACAGCAAGUCGAGCACACUGUUCUACUAG